AUGGGAAACAAUCUUCAAGCUGUUAAUCGUCUCAGUAAGGGAAAUUUUCCAGGCUAUCAUGAACAACUGGGAAGUUAUGGUUCUCUUGAUGUAACAAAAAUAGAGCACGAGGCGGUAAAUGGUCAUACCAAUGAAGUAUUCGAUAUGAUGAAAUGGAACGCAACUUACACUAUAGACAACUCAAAAUGUAUACUCGAUCUCAGAACAGUUUCGAACAAAGAUGGCAAAAUAAAUAGUGUAUCCUUCCAAGUCAGUGACGAAAUGUAUUCCGAUGGAAACAUUUGGUUUGCAGUAAGUAAAGACACGAGUUUACUUAACUCGGCCACACCACCGAUCUUAUUAAAUGGAGCCUUCAAAAAUUGUAAGCAAAAGAAUAACAAAACUACUAAUGCAGCAGGUUCUGUCAUUCAAACAUGUAUUUAUCUUUAUGGGAGUGGAAGCAAGAGAGGUUUUCUUGUGUUGGAAGAGACGAGAAAGAGCGGAAAUAAUGAAAAUUCUUGUAAGGUAACUGUGGCACACUAUUACGCAGUUAGUAUUAGGAAUAUUUUCAGUCAAAAUAAAAUCGACAUCGGUCUUUCUGUGAUUGUAAGGAUUGAAUUGUCAAGUGAACGUGGUUUGGAUAUUUCAGUGCAUGGCCCUGCUCAACACCCUGCUAGAGCUUUAAAUUCCAUGUUUAAUGAGGUGAUGAAAACCGGGAUUUGGAAGGUCACAAAAUGCUCUCAUUGUGCUAAUAUGGUAAGGUACCAGGGUGAUUCAGAGAGUGAAGAUUGCGAUGACUCUCUACCAGUGCAUGUUUAUGGUGGUAAAAGAUAUUCGCAAAGCAUCAUAGACAAUAAUGGUGUGGUUAAUGGAAACAAUAAUGGUAAUAUGCAUGUGGAAAAUUUUUAUUAUAUCAGAAAAAGAUAG